AUGGCGGCACGCGCACAGCAGAUCUCGGCCCACCUCAACUGGCCCAAAGGCAUGCUCCAAGGCCAGGUCGCCAUCAUCACCGGCUCUGGGCAGGGCAUUGGAGCGGAAUGCGCAAGGCUGUUCGCCAACGAAGGCGCCUGGGUGGUCGUAUCAGACAUCGAUAAAGACAAGUCCCAGCAGGUCGCCGACAGCAUCAACCAAUCCGGCGGCAAGGCUACCUCGGUGCCUGGCGAUAUCCUCGAUGACAACUACAUCAACAGCCUGGUCAAGAAGGCGGCAGAGUUCGGCAAUGGCAAGAUCCACAUCAUCGUCAACAACGCCGGCUUCACGUGGGACGGCGUGAUCCACAAGAUGACCGACAAGCAGUGGGACACCAUCAUCGCCCUGCACGGCACCGCGCCCUUCAAGCUCAUCCGGGCCGCUGCCCCCUACUUCCGUGUCAAGGACGGCGAGCCACGCAGCAUCGUCAACAUCUCUUCCACAUCCGGCGUUCACGGCAAUGCUGGACAGGCCAACUACGCUCUUGCCAAAGCCGGUGUCGUCGGUCUCACCAAAGCCAUCGCGAAAGAAUGGGGUCCUACCUUCGGCGUCCGCGCCAAUACUGUCGCAUUUGGUCAUAUCCAAACCCGCUUGACAGCCGCCAAAGAGGAGGGGGCUUUCGUGACAACGCCAGACGGCCAGAAGGUGGCCUUGGGCAUUCCUCAGAAGCAAAAGGAUGCCAGCGCGAGUUAUGCGGACAUUCCAUUGAGAAGGCCAGGCAGCGCAACCGAAGCUGCGAGCGCCGUCAUGGCAGUAUGCAGUCCGCUCUUCAGCUAUGUCAGUGGCCAGACGCUCAUGGUCACUGGUGGGAGGAACAUGUAA